GUUGACGUUAAUGGUUCGCGUUAACGUACAGUUUGUGUCGUAACGGCGAACGGCAAAGUGCCUGCCUGCUCUCAGAACCGAUUUGUAUUAAUUUUUAAUGAAAAUUAGCUAAAUAAUUGUGUGAUAGAAGUGUGAUUCGUUCCUUACGAAUUUCAGUCACUCAUCCGGUUCCAUUUGCUUGUCUUAUUUCGAGCAAGUACCUGUAAAGUUUCAUACAUCAAUCACAUCGUCAUAAGUACACUGCGAAAUCCGUUUGAGGAAACGUCUUCGCGCGGUAAAUCUACAUUACAAACUACAAUAUAGGAAUAAAAUUCUGAGGUCAAACUUGAAAUAUUUUCCCUCCAACUGUGGUCAGUGAAUACAUUCAUGUAACCGAACAGAAUUGGACUUGUGGAAGAACCCACUUUGAUAAAUUACUAGGAAAAGGUACGAAGCUGAAACCGAGGAGAGAAGAAUUGGAUUGAAACCGUAAACAACGAAGAAACAAGGAGAGAAAAAUGGGGAAGAAGAAUAGUAAGCUGAAACAGGACACCAUCGAUCGGCUGACAACGGACACAUAUUUUACGGAAAAGGAGAUCAGGCAGUGGCAUAAAGGAUUCCUCAAAGAUUGCCCAAAUGGUCUCCUCACAGAGCAGGGUUUCAUCAAAAUCUACAAACAAUUUUUUCCGCAAGGUGAUCCGUCCAAAUUUGCUUCCCUCGUCUUCAGGGUCUUCGAUGAAAACAGUGAUGGCACCAUCGAGUUCGAAGAGUUUAUAAGAGCGCUCUCGGUGACGUCUAGAGGAAAUCUUGAUGAAAAAUUACACUGGGCAUUCCGUCUGUACGAUGUCGACAACGACGGGUUCAUCACGAGGGAUGAAAUGUACAACAUUGUCGAUGCGAUAUAUCAGAUGGUGGGGCAACAACCUCAGGCCGAGGAUGAAAAUACACCCCAGAAAAGAGUCGACAAGAUUUUCGAUCAGAUGGAUAAAAAUCACGACGACAAACUGACACUCGAAGAAUUCCGAGAAGGUAGCAAAGCGGAUCCAAGAAUCGUCCAGGCCUUGUCAUUGGGCGGCGAAUCCCUAGGUCCUUAGAGGAAGGUGAUCAAGAUUUAUAAGCCUGGCUUCGAAUCUUCCGAACCUGUCCACUUCAGUAUUCUCAGGUAUUCUCGAUCGGUGGACCGAGUCAAAUAGAAAUAUUCAACGAGAGGAUUAGCGUAUCUUUGAAAAUAUUUGGCUAUCGUCAUUCAGACCCUCGCGUAAAGCCAGAAUCUGGAAGCCAACGAAGUUACAAGUUAGAGACAAAAGAAAAGGCAAGAAGAAGAGUAAGAACAAAACUGAACAGGUACCCGCACCCACGAGAAUCGCGAGGAAUUACCAUAGCGUUACCAGCCACCUUGUAACUCUUAUAAUGCCAGAUAAGUGAAUUGAAGAGAUAUCCUUCUGUUCGAGUCCUCAUCGAUCAUUUUUUGUUUAUUCUCUCCAUCCACGUUCAUGAUAUCGGCAUCGUGUACAAAUUGAUUAACAGUCAUGGGUGUCCAACUAACUC